CAUCGCGCUCCAGAGGAAGUGCGGCAGCUGGUUUCCGCGCUGGCCGCGCUUCACUCGUCUGUGUUUUGGGGCGAUGGCGAACAGAACAGUAAAAGAUGCCAAGAGUAUACACGGAACAAAUCCCCAGUAUCUGGUGGAGAAGAUUAUACGAACUCGAAUCUACGAGUCUAAAUACUGGAAAGAAGAAUGUUUUGGACUUACAGCUGAGCUUGUUGUGGACAAAGCAAUGGAACUCAAGUAUGUUGGUGGAGUGUAUGGUGGAAACAUCAAGCCCACACCUUUCUUAUGUUUGACUCUGAAGAUGCUCCAGAUUCAGCCUGAGAAGGACAUCAUUGUAGAAUUCAUCAAAAAUGAAGAUUUCAAAUAUGUCCGCUUGCUUGGAGCAACGUAUAUGCGCCUGACAGGCACAUCUGUGGACUGCUAUAAGUAUUUGGAACCCUUGUAUAAUGACUACAGAAAGAUCAAAAUCCAGAACAGGAAUGGAGAAUUUGAGCUAAUGCACGUGGAUGAGUUUAUUGAUGAGCUGCUUCAUGCAGAGCGAGUGUGUGAUGUCAUUCUCCCAAGGCUUCAGAAGAGACAAGUUCUGGAGGAAGCUGAGCAGUUAGAUCCUCGUAUCAGUGCUCUUGAGGAAGACCUGGAUGAGGUGGAGUCUAGUGAAGACGAAGAUGAAGAGGAGGAGAAGCCGGAGCGAGUACAGACACCUGAGCCACACAGACGCAGUUACAGAGAUGUGGACCGCCCUCGCAGGUCUCCCUCUCCUCGCUACAGACGCAGCCGCUCACCUAGAAGACGAAGCAGAUCACCCAAGAGACGAAGCCCAUCCCCAAGACGUGAGCGGGAAAGGGAUCGCCACCGCAGCAAGAGUCCCCGCAGACACCGCAGCAGGUCCAGAGACAGGAGGCAUCGCUCCAAAUCUCCAGGUCACCACAGAAGCCACAGGCAUCGCAGCCACUCAAAGUCUCCAGAAAGUCGAUCAAAGAAGAGCCACAAAAGGAGUCGAAGAGGAAACGAGUGACAUUUUUCUUUUAAAUGUUUGUAUUAGUAAUGUGUUUAAAAAAAAAAAGAUUCAAGUUGUCAAUCUUGUCCUUACCAGAUUGAAGCCACAAAAGUUUUUUUAUACUGAUAAUCUUGAGUAAUUUACUUUUCCCCCCACUGUAACAGUUUUAGACACUUUAUUAUUAAAGUAUAUUCCAGCAGUCUUACAGAGAUUUGUCGUCAUAAUAGGUUCAUCCUAUUGUUCAUCCAAUAAUGAAACUGUUUUACUCAAAUAAACUAUUGUGUUACUAUAGUA